UAAAUUUAUGCGCAGCGGCUGAGAGGAGAGAAAUGGCGCUCGUGUUCAACUCGUUAUAGAGUGAGCGACUGAAAAGAGUAAAUACAUAGGAGGAAUUCUGUUUUAAAAAUUUUAACUGUUGCUAUCGUUUUACGGAGGCAAAGGCAUACAAAGGCAGAGUUUGCGAUAGAGCGGAUUAUGACAGCGGGGGACCUGCGCUGGGAGACACAAUUAGCGAUAUUAUAAGACCGGCAGAGUAAAGCAUGUGUGACCUCACAGCACAGGUAAUCAGCAGUUUGCUACAGUUUCCAGAGGUGACUGUAGAAGCGCUUGGGGAGGAUGAGAUCAAAUUGGACUCUGUGUUACAUGGAAAGUUUGCCACAGGCAAGAAUGGGCUGGCCUGGCUGGCAUGUGGUCCUCAGCUGGAAGUGGUCAACUCUGUCACAGGGGAGCGUCUUUCAGCAUAUCGGUUCAGCAGCGUCGGGGAGAACCCUCCCAAUAUCCUGGCAGCAAAGGAGUUCUGCUGGCUGAAAAGGACAGGCCUUCUUGUGGGACUGGAGGAAAUGGAAGGGAGCAUGCUCUGUCUCUAUGACCUGGGCAUAUCGCGGGUUGUGAAAGCUGUGGUUUUACCUGGAAGGGUAACUGCUAUUGAACCAUUAAUAAAUCAUGGUGGUGCCAGUGCCAGCACUCAGCAUUUACACCAGAGUCUACGCUGGUUCUUUGGGGCUGCGGCAGUAGUAACAGACGUGGGGCAUGUUCUGCUGAUUGAUCUGUGUUUGGAUGACUUGUCGUGCAGUCAGAGUGAGCUAGAAGCUUCAGAUCUUCAAGUGGUUAACAAGUCUCCGGCAGAGAUCCCACGUAUCCGUGAGACUGUGACCAGGGAAGGGAGACAUCUAUGCCUUCAGUUACAGAGCCCGGUGGGGACUGCAGCAACAGCAAUUCAGUACCUCACAAGAACAAACCAGUUAGCAGUUGGGUUUUCAGAUGGCUACCUCCAACUCUGGAACAUGAAGACAUUAAAGAAAGAGUUUCACUCGCAGUUAGAAGGUGGCAGAGUGUCUGUUCACGCUUUGACGUUCCAAGAACCGGAGAAUGAUCCUCGUAACUGCUGCUAUCUUUGGGCUGUACAGUCUGCCCAGGACAGUGAAGGGGAUGUUGUCAGCUUGCACCUGUUGCAGUUGGCAUUUGGGGACAGGAAGUGUCUGGCAUCUGGACAGAUCCUCUAUGAGGGUUUGGAAUACUGUGAGGAGCGUUACAGUCAGGACCUGACUGGGGGUGUAUUCUCAUUAAGGGCACAGGCCACCAGCACCCGUCUGCUUGGCUGCCAGACUAUUGAAAAGUUUAGGACCCACCCUGACCGAGAUGAAAGUAUGAAUGAAGUCUCUUCUCCUGACACGAGCGUGGCCAUCUUCAGUUGGCAAGUAAAAUCCUAUGGGCAGGGCAAACCCUCUACUUACCUGGGUGUCUUCGAUAUUAAUCGCUGGUACCAUGCACAGAUGCCUGAUUCAUUAAGAACUGGCGAGUUUCUUCACAAUUGCCCGUAUUUUGCUCUGUGGUCGCUGGACGCUGUGACAGUGACCUGCCCAAAUCCCCUCCUGGACAUCUUGGUUCAUGAACGCAGUUUAAGUCGAGGAUUGCCUCCUACAAGUCCACCUCCAGAGCAAUUUUUUUAUCCCAGCACUUAUAAUUUUGAUGCAACUUGCUUAUUAGACUUGGGGAUUGUACACCUAACAUGUUCUGGUUUUCAGAAGGAGACAUUAAGUUUCCUAAAGAAAUCUGGUCCUUGUCUAAGUGAAGCUAUUCCUGAUGGUUACAGCAGGUGUCUAAUGGCUGGCCUGCUGUCUCCCCGACUUGCUGAUGUGCAGCCUUCCAGUCUUACAGAGGAGGAACAGUUGGAAGCCAUAUUAUCAACUGUCAUUGAAACAAGUUCUCUUUCUCUGAUAACUGGGUGCAUCAAGCAAUGGACCGGAGAAGAACAACCAAGGUCUGGAGCUAACCUACGCUUCGUACUUGAAUGGGCAUGGAAUAAGUUGGUUCAUACAAAAGUUGAACUUGACAACAUUUGUGCGCCACUCUUUGACAGCUCCUGUAACUUCGUUGAUCCACAAACACUCCAGGUUAUGCAGCACUGUCAGUUGCUACUUGGCAACCUCCGCAUCAUUUUUAACUGCUUCCUCAAUGAGGCACAAGAACUCACAGAGAAAGGUCUAGUGGAUUUAACGAACAAACAUGUGGUUGCCAACCUCAUUUUUCAAUAUGCCCAGGUGGUGCUGUGGUUCUGUCGCUCUGGUCUCCUGCCAGAAGGUGCCGAUCUGCAGAUAUCCAAGCCCUGCUAUAACUAUCCAGAAAUACAGAACUAUUAUAAUGGACGACGGCAGAAGCUUGAACGCUCAUCUAGAGGUAAAUGGUCUUCAAAUUGCCUUAUGAUUGAUGGAAUGGUGUCCCAGUUUGGAGAUCAAAUUGAGAAGGUGUGGAAGCGCGAUGAAGGUGGAACUGGAAGAUACCCCCCUCCAACACUGCAUGCAUUGCUUGAUGUUUACCUGUUGGACAGUGUUGAAGAAUCAGCAAAGCAUGCAAUUGUUAUCUAUUUGUUAUUGGAUGUCCUGUAUUCUUUUUCCAAUAAACCAGAGUCCUCUGUUGAGUCUUUCCCAACUGCCUUUGCAAUCCCUUUGGGAUUGAUGAAGCUUAUCCAAGGAUUUUGGCUCCUGGAUCAUAAUGAUCAUGAGACCGCUUUGGAUCUCAUCCUUCACCCAGCCACUAGCCGAUCAAUGCAGUCUUGGCAACAUGCACCGAUAAUCCAGGCUUUGAUGUGCCAAGGGGAGCACAGACAAGCCCUUAGAUACAUACAGAUGAUGAAGCCAUCAAUGUCGACUAGCAGUGAAAUAAAACUAUACCUCACUGUGUUGCUGUUUAACAGGUGUAUGGUGGAGGCCUGGGGUUUGCUAAGGCAACAUUCCAAUAGGCUGAAUGUGGAGGAGUUGCUAAAACACAUGUAUGAAAUGUGUCUGGAGAUGGGGCUAAUGGAAGACCUUCUAAAGCUGCCGUUCACAGUAACUGAGCAGGAGUGUUUGGAGAAGUUCCUCCAAAGCAACGGUGACCUUCAAAACCACGAGUUUCUCAUGGUUUAUUAUCUCCAGCGAGCCAACUAUGUGCCAGCAUUGCAACUCAAUCAGACCCUAAAGAUGAACUUAAUGAGUGACCGAGAUCCUCAACUGAAAGAAAGGACAAUUGCCAGAAAUUCUAUUUUAGACCAGUAUGGAAAGGUUCUUCCUAGAGUGCAGCGGAGACUUGCUACAGAACGAGCAAAACCUUACCACCAUCCAACCACAAUUCUGCGGGAAGUUUCAAGGCCAAAGCCAUUGUCCACAAUGGCAAAACCAGCUGCUUCAGGGAAUAUCCUCACAAGAGCAACCUUCAUUAACAAUGUGCUCUUUAAAAUUGGGGAGGUGUGGGUUGGGGAGAAUACUAAACCGGAUCUGUCGCCAUUCAAAAGUCCGAAAAUUCCAGAACUACCACCCAUUAAAUCACCCCCACGCUCAUUAGACCAAACGGAUGCGUUUGUGGGCACACCCAUUACCAAAAUCACAAAGAGGAUUUCCAGGCUACUUGAUCUGGUGGUUCUGCCUACUCUUGAUACUGUGAGCAUUCAGCAAACUCCACACAAGGUUAUCCCAUCAUGGACUACAUCUAGUCCAUUACGGCCAAGUGCUAUCAAGCCCAGCUACCUCAAAAAUGUUUUUAAGCCCCCUGAGUUAACAUUGUUGCAAACUCCUCCAGUGGUAAAGAAAGCAAGAGCUUUGACAUCUGCGGCCUCUAGCUUUCCUGGCUUCACCCCCCAGUCCAUCCUGAGGUCCAGCCAGCGGCCAACGCCUGUAGGGUCUCCUUCUGCUUCUCCAGGCAGGUCCCUCACCCCACCUCUGCGUGUGAAAGAAAGUCGUAUCACCUUCAUAGAGGAGGCGGCAACCAAAACUGCACAAUGGAGCAAUGGGGUUGCAGCUGAUAACCAAAUAAACUUGCUCUCCGUACUCAAAUCAAGAUCUCGGUCAGCUAGCCCUUGGUCUACUUCUGCAGAAGAACAUGUUUCAUUUGCCCAAAGCAAGCCAUUGAUCUUGCAACAGCAGGAUGAGGAUGAGGGAAUGGCAGAGGAGAUUCCAAGCAGAGAUGCUUCAGAAGGCAUGCAGGUUGUCAAGGAGAUGAGCCACAUUUCUGCGAGAUCUGGAGACUCCACAUUGGAAUUCCAUGAUGCACCUACCCCCGAGGAGCUCGAGGAUGAUGUAGUGAUUAUAAGCGCAAAGCCAGCAGUCUCUGUGGACUGUGAACCAGCGCAGACGGAAGAGCCGCAGGUGGAGGAGGAGGAGGUGUAUGAGGUAGACUUAAUAGAGAAGCAGGAGGAAAACCUUCCCCCAGAGGAUGCAAAUGAAGUGAUAGAGCCACUCAUGGAGUGCAAAGAUUUGGGUAAUGUGGAUGUCUCCACAACAUUGACACGUGCUAGUAUUAGGGAAGCCUUCGAGACAGACUUAUGCUACAUGGCAGCAUCUAAGAGUGAUGAAGAGCAAAAGCAGACUUACCCACUGUUUGAGGUGGUUUUUGGGACCGACAGUUCAGAUGCUUCAGUACCUGUAGAGGCUGAUGCUCAGUCCAAGGUACAUGUCAGUGAAGAUGUGGUAUCUUCAGAAAACAAACCUGAGGACAUUGCAGAGAUUGGUAAAAUUGAGGAACAUGUUUGCUUGGAAGAGGAGACCCCUGCUGAAGAAUCUGGUGUCUGCUUGGAAGAGCUCACUGUUGCUGGUCUUCCUGUAAUCUCUGAGGUAAUACAGGUUGUAGAUCACUCUGUUGUAGAAGAUCCUGAACUAGUUUCUUACACAGAGUUGCAGCCGACUGUCCCUGUUCUUUUUCCUGUCCAGUUCUCCAACACGCAGGAAGGAGAACUGCUGGAAACCAGUGAAAGCGAAAUUCCUAAGAUUCAUGAUGACCAGGAAUCAGCUCCUAGCGGUUUUUCUUUAAUACUUGAAGCUGAGGAUGGAGAAAAUGAAAUAGAAAAUUCAGCUUCUGAACCUACUGCAAACCUUCUGACUGUAGAACUGCCUAAAGUGAGAGAAAGUGAAGAUCAUGCUGAGGAGGGUCAUGAUGUUUCUAAAGAGUCUGAAGAAGAAAUUGGUAAUCCAGAGGCCGUAGCUUUGGUAAAGGCUGCAGAGAAGAGUCUGGAAACCCAAAUUGAUAUUGCAGGGUCUCUUCCAUAUGUGCCUGAGCCAAUUAAAAUGUCUAUUGCAGAGAACCUGCUUGAUGUUGUCAAAGACACUAGAACUAAGGAGUUUGUUACCGAGUUGGUCGACGGCUCUAUGCAGGAAGAAAUGCUGGUGACUGGAAAAACACUAAGAAGCUCAACCUCCAAACCCUUGAAAGAACCCUUUCACGUUUUGACAGAAGCUAGCGUCAAAGAACCUCCAGCACCCGCUACUUCAAAGAGGAGUGGCAGAAAACCCAAAGAGGUUACUUCAGAAAGCGUUAAGCAAAUGUUACAGCCAAUAGAUGGCGAGCCUUUGGGUCAACCAGACAUGCAGGUGCCUACCACUCCCAGAAGAGCUAUGAGAAGUGCAAAGCACCAGCCCCAAACAAACACAUUUGAUACACCAAGGAGGACCCUGAGGAAAACUAAAGAUGCCAAGUCAGAACCUGAUGCAGACCAGCAGCAAAUUACACAGCCAACCACACCAUGGAGAGGAGGACGCAAAACCAGGAGUAGCAUUGCUGAGCCUGUGGAAAGCACCAAAGCUACAGAUCAAACCGGUGAACAAGAAGUAGCGAUGACAGUUACUCCUACAAGGAGAACCAGACAAAAAAGCAAUGUUUCUGUUUCCGAAAGUGCCCAGGUAGACCAAGCAGUAAAAGUGCCAGCCAGUCCCGGUAGGUCUACCAGGAAAUCCAGAGGGGUCACAUUGGAGAUUCCCCAAGUGGCCCAACAAAAGGAAAUUUCCCCAGAGCAUCAUGACCAGAUGCCCCUCAACCCCAAAAGAGGCAGAAAGUCCAAGAGCAGUUUGGAACAGCUUAAAACUGCUACUCCUCGGCGAGCUACCAGGAGCAGAUUGGCAAGCCUAACGGAAGUUCCUGAAAAUGCAUUGCCCAUUUUAGAAAAUGCCAGUGCAAAUAAAUUUGAGCUGCAAGCCCCUGACACUUCUAAGAAAAGCACAAGGUAUGUGGAAACAGGAACAAGCGAGUCUGGAAUUAUGAUGGUUGAAGGGAUUGUGUCUCGCCAGUCUCACCAUGAAAUGAUCAAAGAGUUACAUGGAACUGGAGCUAACAGCAGGAGGAGGACCACUAAAACUGCUGCAGAUCAGACCCUGGAAACCCAGUACCCCUCCCCUGAUGAGGCUGAGGAGACCAGGGGUUUGGCAGAACUCUGCAGCAGUGAUGAACUGCAUGCUGAAGACCAGAAUAUAGAAGCCUCUACUGAGGACAGUGAGAAGAUGGAUCCUGCAAAGGCAACUCCUAAGAAAGCAAAAAAGGGCCGCCCCAGUAAAGUUCCUGAUUUACCAGCUCCAGAACCCUUUGUAUUCGCUCCUCCACGCACAAGGUCGAUGAAAGCUAAAAAGCCAUAUUCUUCUGAAGCUCUUUCUGCUGUUGAACCGCAGUUCGUCUUUUCCCCUCCUGCAACACGGACAAGACAGAAAGCUGGUACCACAGUAUCCAGGACUGUGGAGGAGAUGGAUAUACAUGAAGUAGAUAAUGAAGUUCCAAAAGUGAAUAAAGAAAAGGAAGAUACUAAAAAAGCUUCAAAACCAAUGAAAAAGAAAGCCAGCAAAGUAAAAAAAGAUGUUCCAUGGUCUCCUCCACCAGUGGAAGUAAACCUAAUCUCUCCUGUUGCUACCCCAAUUGCUGCAUCAGCAGGAAAACAAGUAUCAGGAGAAGGUGCAGAUUCAGAGAGAAAAACUAUGAGGAGAACUAGAAAGAGACUGAUGGAUACUAUCUUUCCAAAGCCAGUUACACGCAGGAAGAUGCUUUGAAUCUGAAAAGUUUUGUAACAUUUAACUCCUCCCUGCUGUUUUUGUAAUAAAAAGUAAAGAUUAAUUUUGGAACCAUUGGAAAUGUUUGAAUUGGUGAACAUCUAAUUUGUGGGGAAAUAAUUUAUAUAAAUUAUAACAUUUCGUAAGAUCUGUAUGGAGAAUUGGAGUAUUGGACUUCGUUUUUUAUUUUAUAAGACUUCAUACAUUUAUAUAAAGUGAUGCAAAUGUAAAUAUUGUCUUAUUUUAGCAAUGUUAAAAAUAAAAAUGUACACUUCUCUAUGUGUGUGUUGUUCAA